AUGAUAGACCCCAUGGCAAAUCUCGACGCCGGAGUUCCCGGAUCGUCUCAAAGUGACGAAGAAAAGGACAUCAUAGACUUCAUGAGUCUGAGGUACAAUUUGGAGAAAAUUGAUCGAAUGAAAUCUGUAAUGAGUAUUGCUUCGGGUUGUCUUGCAGGAAUAUGUGGUUUGACAGGAUUGCAAGGUCUGGUCUGCUUUGUUGCUCUACAUUUUUUGGUUUUGGUGGUGGUAUGGACGAUGAAAAUGAAAUGCAGUCUGCAUGGAUACACACGCCAAAGCUGGUGGUCCUAUUCCACCACGAAUCUUCAGCAAAGUGGUUUGUCCUUCACAUUAUUCUGGACUCUAUUUUAUGGGCUAGUAUAUUUGUACUAA